CUGCAGCAGGGGAAACCACUGUCGGCACUGGCACUCGGGAGCCAGGGAGCCAGCAUGCCCAGACUGCCCACCACCUGCCUCUGCGUCUGGCCCCCUCUCCCCAGAAGGAACAAUUCUGAAUUAGGCUGUUUCCAUCCCACUGCUCCAGGCUCUGCCGGUCCGGCUAAAUGCGGUGCCCCAGCUCCCAGCACCACGAUGUCACCAGGACCCUCCCGGUAGGAACACGGAUGCCCUGUCCUCCUCUCCCCAGGGCAAGGCGUCGGGAGUCAGCUGUCUCUGCCCACACCGGGGCGUUGCUUCUCCAGGUCUGAGUCUCUUCCUGCCUGGAAAGCCAGCUGCUGAAGAGCGUGCAGCUCUCCCUGCAGACGCCCUGGGAUGAGGCCCCCAGCCCUGUUCGCGGUGCCCCUUUGGCUCCCAGGCUUCUUGGCCAAGCUGCUCCAGGCCCACACCAACACGUCCAGCUUCGAGUUCCGGGACUUGGUGCCAGGAAGUCGCUACCAGCUGGAGGUGAGCCCCUGCGGGCAGAACGCCAGCCUCAGCCUCACCGUGCUCACAGCCCCGUCCACUGUCCAGGACCUGCAGCUCCACGGCUCUGAGAGCCCGUCCAGCCUGGGGGCCUCUUGGGGCUCUGCUCCUGGGGGGCAGGAUGGCUACCAGCUUGUCCUCUGCCACCUGGAGUCCCAGACAGUGGUUCACAACGUUUCCACGUCUGCCGGCACCCUGACCUACAAUUUUAGCCACCUCCUACCCGGCAGUGAGUAUGUCUUGGAGGUUACCACCUGGGCUGCCCACCUCCAAGUGAAGACCAGUGCCCGCCAGUGGACAGCUCCUGUACCUCCAGGGCAGCUAGUGCUGCGUGCCCUGGGCACCAGGGCCCUGCGGGCCUCCUGGGGCAGCUCUAGGGGGGCCGCCUGGCUGCACCUCCUGCUCACAGACCUGCUCGGGGGCUCCAACCUGACGGCGGGCGUCACAAGAGGUGUCUCCAGUCACACCUUCCCAUGCCUCUCUCCUGGAACCCCCUACACGCUGACCCCUACACGCUGCCACUGCCUGGCUGUGGGUCUCCAGACAGAGUGCUUGCCAUCUCUGUGCUUCGGCCUCUGCCCCUCGAAGGGGACCACAGCGGCCGUGCUGCGGCGAUGUGCCAGGCCUGGCACCGGGAGUGCUCUCGUGUUUCCGCAUUCUUGGCUGGGUCCCAGGACUCACCCAGCAGGUGGCCUGUCCAGGGUGCACAGCAAGGAGCUGGCCGGCUGCAAGGACUUUCUGUAUGUGUCUCCCUCCCCCGCAGGUCCCUCCACGGCCCUGGACCUGUGGCUCGCUCCCCAGACCCCAGGGCUUGGGGCCAGCUGGAAGGCAGGCCCCGGGGCCUGGGAGGGUUACCUGCUCAGGCUGAGUGGGCCUGUGGAAAAGACCCUAAGUUUGGGCCCAGGGGCCCUCAACGUCACAUUCCCAGGGCCCCUGCCAUCCAGACACUACGCUCUGGAGCUCAGAGUUCUGGCAGGGCCUUAUGAGGCCCGGUCCCAGGCCGCUGCCUGGCUGGGUGAUGCUGCAGCCCAGCACCCGCAGGGCAGCGGUACCGAGCUGCCCCUGGAUGGGCCAGAGGCCAGCAAGGAGCCUGGGAGCCGGACACUGCCCUACUCCGAGGGGGCCCCCUGCCUCCUCAGAAACAUCUCAGGGCCACCUGGUGCCACCCAGGUCACGCUCCACGGGCCUGGGGCCCACUCCCAGGUGGACGCUGUCUCUGCUCUGGGCACUGCCACCACAAGCCCCACAGGCCACGCAGGUGAGUGCGGGCCACCGCGUCCCCUGGCCUUGGGGCUGGGGCUUUGCCGUGAGUGGAGAGGGGCUGUCACAGGCCCACACACCACACGUGCCCCCUUACCUCCAUCUCCUCUGCCAGGGCCCCCCAUGCCACAGUCGCUGGGGGUCACCAGCAGGGACAGCCCCUCCGCCCUGACCGUUGGCUGGGCCCUGGCACCAGGGCCGCGGGAAGGCGACAGGGUCAGCUGGCACCAGGAGGGUGGCCAGGGCUCGCUGGGCGGUCUUGUCGACUUGGGCCCGGACAACGCCAGCCUGACACUGCGGGGUCUUGUGCCCGGCUCCUGCUAUGCUGUGUCGGUGUGGACUCGGGUCGGGAACCUUAGUGCCAGCAUCCAAAGGGCUCGCGCCUGCACACUCCCUGCACCACCUGCCAACCUGAGCCUGGGCCUGGUUGCCCAGACCCCUGCCCUGAGGGCCGUCUGGAACCCCCCCACGGGGGGCAGGGACAGCUUCCUCCUGCGGCUCUACUGCCUGCAGCCUCAGGCUCUGGAGAGCCAGGAGACCCUGGGCCCCGAGGCGCAGACCUUCUCCUGGGCCUGGCUGGCUCCGGGCACCGAGUUCCUGGUGUGGCUGGCCACCCUGCGGGGCCCCGACCAGAGCAGCAGCGCCAACGCCACGGGCUGGACAGGCCCCCUCGCCCCUGCCCUGGUGAACGUGACCAGUGAAGGCGCCACCCAGCUCCGGGCGUCCUGGGUCCAUGCGCCGGGGGGCCGGGACGGCUACCGGGUGACCCUGUACCAGGCGGGCGUCCCGGUGCACUCCAGCCCCGUGGGGGCCCAGGUGGACGGCGCCAGCUUCUCGGCUCUGACUCCGGGCACUGAGUACGAGGUGGAGGUGGUCACGCAGGCUGGGCCCCUCCGUGCAGUGGCGGCCAGUGUUGCCGGCUGGACCGUGACCCCAGUGGUGCCUGCGGAGCUGCUGGCGUCCAUGCGGGCGGACAGCGCCGUGGCCAGCCUGGCCUGGGCCGGCGGCCCCCUGGGGCACGGAGCCUGCCACACGCCGCUCGCGGGGGCCGGGCUCCUGUCCCGGGAGCAGCCCCUGGCCCUGGGCCAAGCCCACCUCGUCCUGAGGGACCUCGCUCCUGGACGCAACCCCUCCUUGACCGUGCGGUGCCCGGGGCCCCUCCAGGCCUCCACGCACCCUGUGGGGCUGCCCGUGGAGCCUGAGCCGGUGGAGGACGUGCAGUGCCAGCCCGAGGCCACACGCCUGGCCCUGGUCUGGACUGUGCCCGUGGGGGACGUGGACACCUGUCUGGUGGUGGCGGAGCAGCUGGCGGUGGGAGGGGCCGCCCAGCUCGUCUUCCAGGCCAACACCUCCGGGGGCGCCCUUCUCCUGGCGCGCCUGGCGCCCGCCACGUCCUACCACCUCAGCCUCUCAGUGCCAGGCAGGAACGGCCUGUGGAGCCGGGCGGUCAGCCUGGUGUGCGCCACCACGCCCGAGGCCUGGCACUCCCCGGAACUGGCCGCAGCCCCCCGGCUGGAGCCCGAGACAGGGAUGGGCGUGCUGAUUGCCCAGGGCAUGUUUGGCGAGGAGGACGGGCAGAUCCAGUAGUACGGGGUCAUUGCCACCACCAACAUGUCGUUGGCCCGGCCUCCCCGCGAAGCUGUCAGCUGCACAUGGUAGGACCACUGCUACGGCAGCUGCGACGCCCACCUGGCGGUACUGCUCUCCAGCCCCUUCUACCCCGGGCCCUGGGCUGCGCCCACAUCCUGGCCGGUGCCUGUGGGCACGGACGACUGCGGCCGGACCCGCGACAUAUGUAGCGGGCGGCUCAGACUGGGCUCCCUGCAUCGGUUCAGUGUCGUGGCCUUUUCCAGGCACAGCCCUGACACCCUCAUCGCCGUCUCAGCCUUUUCAGAGCCCCGGACCAGCCCCCCGGUGGCAGCGGGCAUCAUGGCCGGCGUGCUCGCCCUGGGUGUCUUGCUGGGCCUGCUGUGCUGGAGGCGAGUGAACGGGCAGAGGGCAGAGAAGAGCCUGCGCUCCCAGGAGCUGACGGUUUACAACCUGCGGCAGACCCACCGGCCCAUCCCCGUGCACAGCUUCCAGCAGAGCUUUGAGGCCAAGAGUGCCCACGCCUACCAGGCCUUUUUUCAGGAGUUUGAGGAGCUGAAGGAGGUGGGCAAGGAGCAGCUGAGGCUGGAGGCUGAGCACCCUGCCAACAGCACGAAGAACCGCUACCCUCACGUGUUGCCCUACGACCACUCCCGGGUCAGGCUGGCCCUGCUGGACGGGAAGCCCCACUCCGACUACAUCAAUGCCAGCUUCAUCCCGGGUUACACCCACCCGCAGGAGUUCAUCGCCACCCAGGGGUCUCUCAAGGAGACAUUGGCGGACUUCUGGUGGCUGGUGUGGGAGCAGCAGGUCCGCGUCAUCGUCAUGCUGACCGUGGGCAUGGAGAACAUGCUGGUGCUGUGCGAGCACUACUGGCCAGCCGACUCCCGCCCCAUCACCCACGGGCCCAUCACCAUCCGCCUGCUAGCCGAGCAGGCCCAGGACGAGUGGACCACACGGGAAUUCCAGCUGCACCACGCUGCCCAGCAGCGGCCGCGGAGGGUGAAGCAGCUGCGGUUCACCACCUGGCGGGACCACAGUGUCCCCGAGGCCCCCAGCUCCCUGCUGGCCUUCGUGGAGCUGGUCCAGGAGCAGGCAAGGGCCACCGUGGGCGCAGGGCCCCUCCUGGUGCACUGCAGUGCGGGCGUGGGCCGCUCGGGCACCUCUGUGGCCCUGUGGCAGCUGCUGCGGCAGCUGGAGGAGGAGCAGGUGGUGGACGUGUUCCACGCGGUGCGUGUGCUGCGCCUACACCGGCCGCUCAUGAUUCAGACCCCGAGCCAGUACAUCUUCCUGCACAGCUGCCUCUUGAGCAGGGUCCUGGAAGGGCCCCACAGCACCCAUGCUGCCCAGGCUGCAGAGACCCACAGCGGGCACUGGGCAGCCCCAGGCACCCCCCACGAAACCAGUGCCCCCUGCAGGCCACAGCCCAUCCCCGUGAGGAACUUUGCCCGGGUGUGCACAGAACGGGCCGCCAAUGGCAAUGCAGGCUUCCUGGGGGAGCACCAGCUCCUGCUCCAGGCCCUAAAGGAUGAGCCUGGCUCUGGGACACCCCCUCCCCAUGGUGAGCAGAAUGAUGGCCGUUGUCACGAGUGGUCCCCUUCGGUGGAGAGUGGCCUGGCUAGGGAGAUGCUUGAAGCCUGGCUCUUCCCUGCCAGGCCCUCUGGCCGCGACCACGUGGUGCUCACCGGCCCCGAAGGGCCAGCUGAACUCUGGGAGCUGGUGUGGGAGCAUGGGGCCUUCGUGCUGGUCUCCUUGUGCCCACCGGACCCCCAAGAGGAGAUGGGUCCGCCACAGGAGUUCUGGCCCACAGAGACGCAGCCUGUUAUCACGGACGCGGUGACUGUGCGCUGGGUGGCAGACGGCAGUGCUGCAGGCUGGCCCUGCACCUUCCUUCAUGUCACACAUAAGGCGAGCAGGAAGGAGAGACCAGUGCAGCGGCUGCAGUUCCCGUGCUGGGAGCCAGGCCAGGCGCUCCCCACCGAGACCCUGCUGCCCUUCCUGGCCGCCGUGGUCUGGUGCUGCUCCCGGGACACCGAGCAGCCAGGCACGCUGCUCAGUCACUGCAGCGAGGGUACGGCCCAGCUGGGCACCUUCCUGGCCCUGGAGCAGCUGCUGCAGCAGGAAGGGACUGAGGGCGCCGUGGACGCCUUCACUGUGGCCUUGCAGCAGUCGCAGGCCUGCGGCCUCAUGACCCCAAUGCUGGAGCAGUACGUCCACCUCUACAGCUGCCUCGACAGCGCGCUCUCGGAAGGGCUGCCGUGAGUCACCCAGUCCCUGCUGUGUGGGAGGCGGUGCUGGCCCGGCAAGCCCACUGCGGCCCGGCUUCCCCGGGAG